AUGCGGCACCGACAAUCCAACCCGAAGUCCAAUAGCAACCAACCCGUUCCAGAUCUCAUUCAGCGCGACGUCCUUAGCUCCUCGGAGCAGGAUAAGGUCCUCGUCUACUUUGCCAAUAGCCUCCGGACGAGUGCGAUGCUGUUGCGGGUUUUGGCCUGCCUGCACUCUUUCUUGGCUUUCGUCUACACCGGCUUCCUCUUCUCCGGCACCGUCUUCGCCUCCACGGCGUUGGGGCCGGAGGAGCGGGAAAGACUAAGCCGCCUUCUCAAUGUCACUACCCUGAUGAAAGCGACCCCUCCGUCCAUCGCAACGGGAAAUUCAAACGCUCCUCAUCCCUCUCGUUUGGAUCAACAGACCGCCCUGCAAGGGUUAAUCAACGGGGUGACGACGUCGUGGGGGUCGAUGACAAUCCCGUUAAGCGUCUUCUGCACCCUGAUCUCGAUUUUUCUCCUCCUCCUCGGGGGGUAUGGGUGUUGGAAGGCGUGCUUGGCGCUGCGCGUGAGCACGGAGGAGCUUCUGCGGAUGGCGCCAGGGAACCCGCACGAGGAGGUGAGAGUUGAUGCCUCGAAAGUUCCGCGACCUUGGGGGGGGGCGGGGCGUCGUUCCUGGAAUCCUAAGAGCCCGUAUUUCCAGUACGGCAUUUCCAUUUGUGCGUCCAUCCAGGCUCUGGUAUGGGCGUUUGCUAUGAUGAAAGCAAACCACGCGACAAGGGAGCUGUACGGUAGAAUCGAUCCAUCUCUCGCGCCAAAGCUGUGGUUUGGUAUUGCGGGUAGUUUUACGGAAAUUAUUACUGUUUUUUGGCAACCUUUGUUUCAUUGGUUCAUAGGCUCCAUGAUUCAGUCCAUGUUUACUACGCGGGAGGACCUAUUUUCCUUGUCUAAGGCACGGUAUGUUUUUGAAAAGCUGUGA